AUGAAUAUUAUCCUGUUUAAGAGACCGAUCAAAAGAGCCUGCCUUAACGCAAUGAAGUUCAUCGUUUCUAUUGCAGAGAAGGCGAAGGAUGAAACAGUGAAACCUGCUGAGGUUAUAGAAGAAAGGAAGGCCAUAAAAACAGAAUCUUUUGGCUCCUCCGUUGGGAUUAUAUUUUCAUGUCUCGGUUGCGUAGUUGGAACAGGAAAUAUUUGGAGAUUUCCUCGAAUUGCUGCUCAGAAUAGUUAUGAGCAAGGCAAGGAUAACUCGAACCAGCGAAGUGGCUUAGUCUUCCUGAUUGCCUGGGCUAUCUGCCUUUUUCUCUGGUCCUCUCCAAUAAUUACCAUCGAGUACAGUCUUGGACGCUUCACACGAGUCUCACCGAUAGUUUCGGUCUACAAGUUCCUUGGUCGCUACAUGAUUUGGAUUGGUAGCUGGAUCACAGCUGUUACAAUGAUUGUCAGGUUUGCUUACAAAAAACAGAAAUAA